AUGCGAUUCAACCUCUCCCCCUCCUUCAUCCUCCUCUCCCUCCUCUUCUCCUCCUCCACCAACAUCCUCGCCUUCACCCCUCCCUCCGAUGACGCGUUUGACGCCCGUGCAGUAGGAGGCGCGAUGUCCCUAAACGACGAGCUCUCAGCUCGUGGGAUGCUCAAGCAGGAGGUGGACAUGGAGUUGAGGGCGUUGAUUGAUGAACUCAGUGGGUCUUAUGAGGCGAGGGAGUUUGGGGAUGUCUACGAGCGGGAUUUCGAUGGUGAACUCUAUGAGCGGGACUUCGAUGGUGAACUAUAUGAGCGGGACCUCGACGGCUCGGACGACUGGUAUUCUGCCCGGGACAUCGACGACGACCGGUACUCCGCUCGCACCUUCGACGACGACAAAAGCACCCUCUUCCUCCGCGAGCUCAACGACGAAAUCGAACUCGCCCUCCGCAAAAUCGAGUUGAACGACCGGAUUGACAAGGUACUACGCCAACUCGAGCUGGUGGAUGCGAUUGAACUCGCCGCGCGUUCGACGCCUGGCUCCAGUAGUAAUGAGGACGCUACACCCAAGGCACCUAAAGCGCGUAAACUCCUGCGACAAACUAAGAACUUGCGAGGAUCCACCUCAUCCUCCGCCUCCGAACCACAACUCCCAGCAGACGUCGAAAAGUUCGCAGCAGAGAUCAACUCUGAGCUAGCCUCCAUACCCGAUUCGGAAAUCGCACCCAUCGACGCAAAUCAAGUCACCACCAACCUCGUUCUCUUCCACAAAUCCGCUCUGAUCUUGAAGAAGUGGGUGGAUAGGUUGGAGGAGGCGGAGGAACAGGGUGAUAAAGAGGGUAUUAGGGAGGCGGAGAGGAAGGUACAGGAUUGGAGGGUUAAUACGAGGAUUUAUAUGUGGGCUGUUCUGGCGAAUGGGGAGAAGGAUCCGGAGAGGUAUGGGAGGAGGAGAGGUGGGGGGAAGGGAGGGAAGGGGAAGGGGGUGGUGGGGAAGAGAGCGGAGGUUGUGAAGAAGGCGGAGGAGAUGAGGAAGGAGGAGGAGGGUGCGAAGGGGAAGGCAAAGAAGACUCCGCCGGUUAAGAAGGAUGCGGUUCCUCCCCCGCAGAAGCAGAAGCCGGCCCCUGCCCCGUCCAAGGAGGCUCCGUCGGCUAAGAAGGAUGCGUAG